UACUAAGUUGCAUUAAAAUUUGUGUGAUCAAUAUAUGUAAUUGCAUUUUAUAUGUGGUUUGCGAUUACAAAAGAGUGUUUGAGAAUCUAAUUUCCUCUAAAGUGCUAGCUAAAGAAAACAAUUCAUACCCUCAAUAUAUGGUUACAUUUUUUUUCCAUUAUUAGGAAAGAUUUUUUUUGAAAAAAAAAUCAUGCUAUAUAUUCAUUUCCUGAAACAAAUCCUUAUUGUUUAAGGUGUCUCUAUUAAUGUUUAAGAUACCGGUGGAAAUGAAUAUUACAUGACACUUGAUCGAGAUUUGUUUUCACGUAAACCAGAAGUUUACUCAACCAAUUUUUAUUUUAAACAUAACCAAUUAAAUUAUCACAAUUUAGUUUGUGAUGUGAAGAAAAAAAUCAUUAAAAACUCAAGUGAGUACUAUCUAAAGGACUAGAAGUUUCUGUUAUUAUUAGGACCAGAAGAUCCUAGAGUCUUGUCCUCAUUAGAAGAUUAUUAUGAUAUUAUUACUAAUGAAAUUUGAGAUUCAUUUCAUACAUAUUUAGAAAUUGUUCAAGGAUAAUUGAUUGUGCCCAUCAACUAUUUGUGAUGAAAAUUUAAAUGUUUUAUAUGAUGCAUCGUUAUAUUUGUCAGAUUUGUUGACAAUUAACUCGUAACCCGAAGUUUAUGAUAUUUGUCCUAUGGACAUAAUUUAUAGGUUAUGUUGAACAUCAUUAGUCACAUAAGAGCCUGCAGCUCUAGUUAAUAUGCAAAGUGCAUCGAAUUAGUGGCUAUACUUUUGAUUAUGAGAACAAAUCAUUUUAUACUGGUUUUUGAAUCUUCAUUUAUGUGGUAAUUAUUUGGAGUAGAUGCUUAAUGGGCUUAAAUUAAGAUAAAUUAUCAAGAUACCAAAAUGGUAGGUAGACACUGAGGGAAGGUUUUUGAAGGAGUUGAAUGGAAGAUAAAUCCCAUGACAUAUGCUAGAUUAUAUAUACUCUUCAAUUAAAGAAGAUGUGAACCUGAAGUUCAAGAAAGAAGAUUGUACUAAGAUAUUGCAAAUAAAGUGCUCAUUAUGAAUUUUAUGUGUCAAUUGUAAACACUUUGCAAUCUCACGAUUACCUAACAAAAACAAGUUCAUAAAGUCAUCCAAUGCAAUAUUAAAUCCUAGUCGUCUGAUGCAUGUAAUCUAGCGGAUCAAAACUAUUCUCAUUUCUUUCACCAAUCAAGGCUAGAUGAAAAGAUGUUCUCUCUCUCUAAAUGUACUGAUGUUUCCCCGGAAAAUACUAACGCCGGCAACCCACCGGCGAAACAGAAGCUCUUCUCCGACCUCUUCAAAGUUCAAACAUGCACACCUGCUGUUGGGAUUUUAAGCGCGUAAGAUACCGAAAAAUAUUGAGAACACCAGAAAAAUGAGAGAACAAACACAAGAAAAAUAUAUGAGAGAAAAAUUAUAUUUCCACUAUUUCAGGACAAUAUACAAAAAACUCUCUCCUGUUUACAAGACUAAAUUUCAGACACUCAUAAACAGAUCUUUCCACAUCCUAUGCCCGGAUGUAUUUUUCCGAGUAACUAAAACCAGUUAUUCCCUACACUCAUCCACACUCACCAAGACCCCUUGGAUUUUCCUGGUGGUAUUCUUGUGUAGAACGCUCUUCCUCUUCUCUCUCUACCUUGGUGUGUAAACCACACACACUACUCAUCUCUGAUUCUCUUCACAUUUAUAAGAACCAAAUGCAUGUAUCCAUCCAUUCUCCAAGAAGAGCUAGCCGUCCCCACCAUGUGAUGAUGAUCCAAAGUUGACGCAGCACAUUUUGUCCAAAUGCAUGUGUUUCUUUUCCCUUUUCAAGUGGCGCCCAUAUUGUUGAUUGCCAUUUUUUUCUUUAUUCCUUUUUUUUUUAUUUCUUUUGAUUAUUUAUCAAUUUCCCAACACCUGCCUCUGAAUCCAUCGAAUACUAUGUUCAAGGGCCGCCCAUUUUCCACUUUCUCCAAGGAGGAUGUAGAUGCAUUUUCCAGGCGUUUCCGCUUUGCUCUAGUUGGCCUCCCAUGCUUUACGGUGGGGGGACUCUCUCACAGUACUGUUCUCAUCAACUUUGAACUUGAUGAAGAUUACCAACGUUUCUUCUAUCGUCAAUCUUGGACUAUCAGUAAAGACAAUGCCGGAAGAGGAUUUCAAUUCCUAAUCUCCCCAUUCAUCUGCAUGACCCAAAAGCACUCUUCACCAUCGCCUCACAUUUGGGUAAACCUCUCAAGGUAGACAAUGCAACCCUGAACUUCUCAAGGCCUUCUGUUGCUAGGGUGUGCGCAUGGAGGUAGAUGUCUCCAAACCUCUACACCAACAAAUUCAUGUAAAACACGUGGAGGAAGACCUAUUUUUUAAAGUCAUCUACGAGGAUCCUCCAGUUUUCUGUUCCUCUUGUCGGAAGCUUGGUCAUACACAUUUUAGAAAUGCAAAGAACAAGAACCAAUCCAGGGAGAUGUACCGAAAAACUUGAAGAUUCCGGCCAGUAAACCAGAGGUUAUAUAAAUGACAAAGGGAAGAAACCAGCUUCUGAGGAGGGUUGGCAGAACGUCCCUUCUCGUAAGCCUAACAAACCGCUACCCUCCAGGAAGUGCUGGAAAGCUAAGUUGGGUCCCGUUGAAGGUCCAGGAAAAAAACAUCCAAAGCAGG